CUCGACUGUAUGCUGGCUCGGGUCUCAUCCAUCUACAACAUCAACACAACGCAGACACCGCUAAUCGACACCGGUUACAUAAAUUCACUUUGAGGAGGAGGCAUCAUACUUAGCACAGGAAGGAGUUGCAGCAUCUCUCAGCUAAAGCAUUGUUUCAGGAACAUUUCAUCAACAUUUCAUCAGAACAAGAGAUAGAGGAAGCAGAGAGACGGAGAAUCACGAUGGAUGAGUUCAAACAGAUUAAAAUGUCUGUAUUUCUCAUUCUGCUGCUUCAGUUUACAGGCGCUGCAACCAGACAGCGUUUCCUCUCCCUCUCUGUCAGAGUUGGUGAUGAAGCCAUUUUGCCUUGUAACGAUGUGAAACCUUUAAAACUCCAAUGUUACGAUACUACUUGGACCUUUGCUGAUUCAGCAAGCACUGUAGAGCUGGUUAAAGGUGGGCAGAUUGGUAAAAAUGCUAAAUCAGACAGAUUGAUUGUCUCAGGGAAUUGUUCUCUGGUUGUAAAGAAGGUCACAGAUGAGGAUGCUGGUACUUACACCUGCAGACAGAUCAGACCAGAGAUUGAUGUUCCAAACUCUCUGGUUCUUCUGCCUGUUGUUACCAUGACUGAACAUCAGGACGAUGAUGAGGUGACGUUACGCUGCUCUCUGGCGAUAUAUGGACCGUGUAUACUCAAAGUGAAGUGGCAUCAGGGUCAAGAUGUGGAUAAAGAGAACAGAUAUUUAAAGACAUCACAGACUUCCUGCUCUGCCUCUGUGACAUAUCGGAGUUCUCUCUUUAGUUACACAACAAGGUUCAAGUUUUUCACUUGCGAAGUAACUGAAUCCAAAACAGGAGAAGUGCAGGUGUUUCCCUUCAGCCUUCAGUCCUCAGGUGAGGACACAGCAGCAGCAACAACAGAGAGCGACACCAGAUCAGGUUUCACUACGACAGCUUCUGUGAUCACUGAAGAUGCAACAGGUGAGGACACAGCAGCAACAGAGAGCGACACCAGAUCAGGUUUCACUAAGACAGCUUCUGUGAUCACUGAAGAUGCAAAAGGUUGGUGGUGGUGGAUCAUCGUUGUGAUCGUGGGGGUUGCAGCACUCACAAUAAUCACUGUGGCUGUCAUCAGACGGAAGAGGACUCAAUGACAGAGACCUCAGACGGAUGAAAACAUUGUGCGUUAUGAUGUAGAUGAUGGUACAGUGAACUAUGACAACAUCAGACCUCCUGAUGGAGUUUGAGCAACACUUCUGCCUCCAUCAGACUCCACUGAUCAACAACGUCUACAUCUAUCAUCAUGUUUCACAUCAGGAGUGGAAGAUUAUAUAAUCAUUUUCAGUUAUCUAUUGUAUAAUUUAUGACAUUACACAGCUGGAUUUUGACUCAGUUUAACAGGAAUGAUUGUUUAACGCUUGUUUACUUUCUCAUAUUGUCUUCCAGCUGAAGGUUUCAGAGCUGAUUUUAAGAUGUAUUGCUUGUUGUUGAAGCUACUGCAGAUUUAGCUCAGUUUAAUAUAUCUGUGUGCAGAAUAACUUAUUUUAGUCCACUUUCAUUUAGCGUUGCUGUUAACAUAACAUAUGAGUUUUCAGCAUUAAUUGAGUCCUAAUUACUAUAGUGUAUAUGUGCAAAUAAAUAAAUGUUUAUCUUAGACCUA